AUGUCGUUCAAUUGGGACAAUUAUGCCAACGAGUACUCCCCAAUCGGAGAUUUCUUCUCCAAUCAGCCGAGGAUUUAUUUAUUUCAAGGAGGUUUGGCUUUUUUUUGACUUGACAACUCGAAAAGUUAUAUAGUCUGUGUGCCAAGACUUAAAAUUUCACCGAACGACAUUCCGCUGUUCCGCUGCGUGCGUUCGCGAAGCGUCUUUCGGGUCUGAGUCACGUUUUCAAUUGAUUGUUAUUGCUGGGGAGCACAUGAAAGUAGAGUACCUAAUAAAAGAAAAAAAUUAAAAAGCGCGACUAAGAUUCGCAGAGACGCGCAGCGGCACAGCGAAAUGUCGUUUGGUAAAAUUCCAAGUCGUGGUAUACAGACUAUACAAAAGUGAUAAGGAGAAGAGAACUAUGAAUAAUAACAAGUUUAACUAUUGGCUUACCAAUUUUACAAGAUAUUGACAAUAUUUCAUCUUCAAAUGGAGCUGAAAAAUGGACUCAUAACAACUUCAGAAUCUCGGUUUUUCAUCAAACAAGAAUUUCCGUUCCAGGAGACGUGCUAGGCAUCGGCCUACUGUGUUUCGCAGCAUUUCUCACACUCUUAGUUGGACUGAUACUCGUUCUGAGUCCCCCUUCCUUAUCCAGGGUUAAAAACUUUCCACCUUUUCAAAAAUAAAGGAGAAAACAUUCCAGACGUUCGCAACGAUAGCAACCGUCGAAAUCUUCUUCAUAGUCGCCCCGAGAAGCUUCAAAACCUUUCUGCUGAACUUUUCUGAGUACCCCAACCUCGACUGGUCCAGCUUUCCGUUGAUUUCUCAAAUCUUGAGUUACUUCAGCCUCUUCACGGUGACGAGCAUCGAGAUGACGUUCAACUACGCGCUUUUCCUCCAAUUCACGUCGUCUGUAAUGCUCUACGUCUUCCUCCGCAACACCAACACCAAGAGCGGCAUGUUAGUUGCCUUUGGCGACUUCGUGGAUUCGAAAUUCAGGACGUUUUUCAUGUCAAUCGCUUUGUUCUCCUGUAUUCUCGCGAUAACACAUGUCAACUUCAACGUGCAGCUGAAUUUCGUCCCAUUUGUUGUAUUUUUCCUGUUUUUCGCUUGCUUUUCCAUUGGCAACAUUUGUCUCUUCAUUUUUGUAAGUAAACUCAAAAGCUAAGAAAUAAGAGUUGAGUUCAGAUGCUACUGAAGCACUGUACGACAAAAUCGAGUCCUGAAGAAAAGAAGCUCGGAUUUUGGCUUCUUUUGUUUCUUUCGACGUCCUGUCCUCCAACCCUUUUCAUGACAAGUGAGAAAAAUGAUGUUGAUAAAUUUUGACAGAACAUCUUUUUUAGUUAUCACCUCAAUGGAUUUUCUCUUCGUGAUCCUUGGAGUCACCACCGCUUAUCCGAUUCGUGAGUUAAUAUAAGUUUUUAUUUUUUUGAAAAAAAGCUAAAAAAAGAACUGAAAUAAAUUUUUUUAAAAAAAUAAAAGAAAACUGUUUUGAAAAAUCCAGAACGAUUUUUCUUAACGUAUAUUUAAUUUUAGCUCACUUCGAAAGGUUUUUCGAGCUCCCCGAAUUGAUACUUUGAUAGGGAUGGAAGCGAAAACUCUUAAAAUCCAAAAAAAGGCAAAAAAUUUGGAACGCUUCACGAAUUUGCGUGUCAUCCUUGCGCAGGGGCCAUGCUAAUCUUCUCUGUAUUGUUCCAAUUUUAGUAUAUGUUCUCGGAAGAACGAGAUGACACAUGAGCCGACCGGUUAUAUACCCCCCUGCGCAAGUGCCUCCGACUCGCGCCGGUUUUCGCACAUACAUUGUCUUACUCUGGCAUUCGUUGUCAUAACCUAGCCUCUGAAUGCCCAUUCUUGAGAGCUCAGAGGUCCGACGUUCGAAGUCUUAUUACGACAGAGCAAACUUUCCAAAUAUGAAUAGCUCAAUUCGAUCAAUGAAAUUGAAUCAAUGGUUUAGGUAAUUUUUAAAAGCGCAGAAGUCCUACAAAAUUAAAAUAACACAAACGGUUAUUGGUCGGGAGAACUUUUGAAAAUUUCGAAAAAUUGAACAAACGUUUCUCUGAAAAUUACUUCAAAAAUUUCAGCCUAUGUCUACCUGACGACUCUGCGGUACAACGUCUUCGAAGCGACUCCGAUCUGCAUCCUCAUCUCUUUUGUUCUACUUCUUCCAGACAUCAAGUUCGUUUUGGGACAAAAAGUCUCAAAAGUCCUCAAUUUUUAGAAACGUCUGGAAAAGAAAGAGGCCAGAAGGCCCAAAUCCUCCAGAUAGAGUCGAGGAAGAGGUAAAGACCGUCGCCACGGCGGUCACGACAAGAACUUCAUCUCCAACGGUCACCUCGGAAUCUCCGCUCACAGUCAACAUUUCGCCGACCCCCAGAUCAACCAGAAUCGCUCCCGCCGUCCAACCGGCUUCCUUCUCAAUUCAUAUCCAGCCCAUCGUUAUUUGA